AAAAGAAGAUUUGCGGAAAAUAAAUCGAAUUUCUAUUACAAAAAAAUACAUUUGAAAAUAGUAAUAAUGAAUCCUGAAAUAUAUUGCGGCGCUUCAGAUGAACACGUUCAUUAUAACAAUCAAGAAUUAAUACAAGGGAAACCAGUAAAACUGUUUGGUAUCGAAGGCACCGAUGAUAGAACCAUUUGGUUGGAUAUGAAAAAUUGCACAGGUGUGUUAGAUUCGACAUCGUUUUCAUUGCUACCUGGCUUGGAGUACAUCAGCUUCGAUAACUGCAAUUUCGAAGAUUGCAAGAGAGCCUUUUCUUCAUUGAACAAACUAAACUCCCUGCACAUUGAUAAAGGAACGUUUCCUCUCGAGCCCGAGACGUUCGAAGACAACACCAGCCUAACAGUCGUCUCUUUGCAAGACAUUAAAGUCCCCAGCAAUCCUUGUUUUCAGCAUUUACAACAACUCGAGUCCCUGUCGUUUGAUACGUGUUUAUUCGAAAAUUUGAAUGGCACGCUCUUCUCAAAUUUGGAAUCUCUCAAAGGAAUAUCAAUAUCGAAUUGCAAAAUCAACGUAAUCGAAAACGACAUAUUCGACAACCUCUCGCAUUUGGAAGGCUUGAAUAUAAGAGACAGCGAAAUAGAUGAAAUCAAUUUCGAAGUUUUCCUCAAACUCGCCAACCUUAAAUUCUUCUCGUUCCACCACAACAAAAUCAACGCCGACGUUGAUUAUAAAACGUUCGAGCAGAUUUCAACACUAACUACUGUCCAUUUCGACUUAAACGUUUACGAAAUUUUGAAUUUCGAUUCGCUUCCGAAUUUGGAAACCGUGAAAAUAGGAUAUGUAGACGAAGGCGAUGACCCCAAGAGCAACGAGAUUGUUGAGAAACUCCAAUCUAGCGGCGUUAAAACUGAAUAUGUAUUUUGUGGUACGAUCGAAUGCGAGUCCGAUCUUGAAGAGUGCUCUUGAAGUCCAAAAGGAGUCCAUUAGACAAUGGAGGCAGUUCAAAUUUGAUGAAUAAUUCGAUUCGUAGCACAAUUUAGUAGCAACAUUGCAUAUAGCACGCGAAUUAACAGAUUAAAAAGUAGUUCGUUAGAUGCAUAAAGAUGCUAGAAAUUCUCCUACUACUAGAAUAACACCUAAUUCAAC